CCUUCCCUCUCUCAGUCAUAGGCAGACGUGCUUGUCGUGCCAGCAGACCGAUUUAACCCUCUCCUCAGAAUAACUGAUGCACAGACAGCUGCAUUUCACUUCCUCUCCUUGACUCCCCUAACUAUCUCCCUCUUUCCUUUUCUCUCCACAGUAGCUCUAUUCAUUCUUUCUCCUCCUUUCCAUUCCACUUCCUGAUUUUCCCUUGCAGUUUUCCCUGCUCAGAUGGCUAUAAAGACUUGUCCUGUAGCAGAACUUGUGUAAUCGCUGGCUUCACAGGAACACGAGAACAGGAGCCCCUGCCUCAAUACCGGCCCAAUAAGGAAUACCAAGCACUGGACUGAACAACACAGCGUUGGAGGGAAGGAUAAAACAUAAGACAUACAAAGAAAAACAGGCCACCUUUUCUAAACUCCAAGGAAGAAGGAUACAAUACAGAAUACAAGGAGUGGCAGAAGAAGAGACGAAACAGUGUGAGGAGUACAGGAAGAGUUCCGUGUUAGACCAUGCCUGGCUGUCAUGUCCGGACACCGCUGGUGCUGGUGCUCUGCAUGCUGGUGCUGUCCUGUGGGUCAGGAGGCGCCCGACGGAUCAGGAAGAGAGGGCUUAACCAAAAGGACUAUGAGUAUCCAAACCAGCAGUCCCAGUCCACCCAGCACCAGAAGAACGACCGCUGCCCACCCCCACCUCAGAUGCUACCGGAGCGGGCCUGCGAGGUGCCCGGCUGCCGCUCUGACUCAGAGUGUGAGCGCCACAAACGCUGCUGUUACAACGGUUGCAUCUACGCCUGUCUGGAGUCAGUGCAGCCACCACCAGUGCUGGACUGGCUGGUUCAACCCAAGCCUCGGUGGCUGGGAGGGAAUGGCUGGCUUCUAGACGGUCCAGAGGAGGUACUGCAGGCGGAGGCAUGCAGCACCACAGAGGAUGGUGACGAGCCCCUUCACUGUCCCACGGGCUACGAGUGCCACAUCAUCAACCAAGGAAACCCCGCCGUUGGCAUCCCCAACAGGGGACAGUGCAUCAAGUCGCGUGGUAACUCUGACGGACGUCCCAUGCGGCAAAAGUCCUACAAGGACUAUAAGGAUUACUUGGGAACUGGAAGCAGCUCUAAUAAUGCUGUGGCCUAUGAGAAACACCACCACAAACAUCUGGGAUGAGAUCAAUGUCUUUCCUUAGAGCAUCGGAUACCUCUCCACAGAACCUCAGCUAUCAGAGCCCAGAUACCAAACCUCUCGUCAACAGAACACAACCAGACCAGGUCAACAGAACACAACCAAACCAGACCUGGUAACCUCACGGUGCGUUACAUUUCUCAUGUCUGGCCUGGGAAAAGGACGAAAACAAGCCUACAUUUCCUACCUCUUCUCUAACUGGUAUACUCACUUUUGUAAUAAUGGUCCAAGCAGGAUUAACACAUAAUACACUACUUUGAGAGAUUCACACACACACAGAGAAACAUGUUGUGAUUUAGUUAUGGGUAAAGAAUAAUGGCGUUAUGGUUGAAGCAGAGAAAGGUAUAAGACAGUAAACAUCAAAGCACUUUUCUUUCCAUCUCAAACUGGGAAAUUAAAAUUAAAACAUGCCAUUAUUCUAUACAUAAUAUCUAAGUAGAUCCACUGCAAAACACUCCACAACUAGAUGCACACACACCCGCCACCUAGGCAGACCAAUGUUUCUCCAACUAAUAAGUAUUUUCACCAAUCAGAUCAGCUCUGAAAAAGAUCUGUGAAAAGAAACGCGAUUGCUCAAAACUAGUGGAAAAAAUAUCAAAAUUGGGCUGCCUGUGUAAACCCAGACAUUGAAUCCUAACCUGAGGCCCAUUGAGGGCUGGUCAAUAGAAAAUAAGAACCAUGUGCUGCUGUUGGCCCACUCACCCUUCAGGCGAGCAGGAUGAAGGUCCCAUAAACACACAGGAUUUAUGGUUAUCAGACUGAAACCCAGGAACAGACCCAGAAACAGCUGGGGGUCAACCAGAACCACAAACAGACUCCAUACAUUCAUGUAAUAACUUCACAACUACCCUCCACUCUACUGACAGCGUGAACAAAGCCUGUCUGUCUAUCAUAGUGGGAGAGCAAGCUAGGCCUUACACCAAUGAUCACAUCACUUUCAGAACAUCGAACAGUUCAAACUAUCGAAAGUGAAUCAAAUUGAUCCUAUUCCAUCCAGUAUUUUCACAAAAAUGUGCUUUAGUAUAAUAAACAUUGAGUGGUUAGGAGUCCAUGUCUGUAUUUGAUUACUAAAUGAAAUGGUGCUCAGUUCCAGGACAAUAAGCGGGUCUACACACAAAGACUGAAUUACACAACUAAUAAGCUAGAGGUAUGAACAAGAUGUAACUGAGUGAAACAGUGAUAUCCAAAUGUUGUCAAACUGGUGCUGUAAUGUUGCUUUGUGUAUUCUAAAUAAACUUGGUUUGAGGCAUG